AUGACGAGGUCUUUGCUCGAACCAAAAACCAAGCCUUGCGAACACGCGACGGAGCUGGAUGGCCUGCCCACACACUGGGGUCCACGUUAUGUUCCGCUCAGCCUUAUUGGGCAGGGCGGGUUCGGCAGGGUAUACCUUUGCGUUGACGAACAAUUACACGCAGGUUGUGGCUACAGCAAAGAGCAGAGCUACGUAGCUAUCAAGGCGAUCUCGUUGAAUGGUCUGAGUGAUGAGGAGAUCGUACUGGCGAUGUCGGAGGUAUCCUUUCUACGUUCUCUGGAUCACCCCAACAUCCUCAAAUAUGUGGACUUUUUCAUGGAUGACGUCGAGGAGCAGCUGUGUUUGGUUACCGAGUACGUCGACGGCUGCGACAUCAGCUCGCUCAUUCGACAGCACGACUCGAGCACCGCGGAGGAUCCCGACUCCCGCGCGACGUCUUUUCGCCACGAUUCGAUCCCUCCGUGGGGGCGAGGUUCGGAGGGCAAAGCGGGAUCCACCACCACCACCUCCAUCUCCUCUACUUCUUCUGCGCGUCGUCAAGAGGUGUCAUCGGCGUCGAUGUUUUCAUCCCGCGCGGGGGCAGCGUGGGGGGGAAGGGGGGAGGGGGAGGGCAUCCCCGCCCGGGGGGGCGGGUCUUGGAUUGACGGGGAUGCGAGCUUCAUGCCCGAUACGCCGCCCGGCAGCACCUUCCGCGAGGGCGCGCAUCCCCCUCUUUUAAACGAGGAUGUCGGCUUAAAAACGCGGGAGAAGCGCGGCCGGGAAACGAAGCGUCGUGGGUUUGGUAACGAACCCAUGACGAUGAGCCUCCCUUCAGGAUCGCGGAGAGGGGGAGGGGGGGCCCCGAACCCCCCCUAG